AUGGACGUUGAAUACCAAUCCUUCAUCAAGACCCUCCGGGCUGGGCAAAAGCCCGAGUUUCCGGCUCACGCAAAGUCUAUCGAGUAUGCAAGACAACUUGAUGCUCAAGAUAAGUUGAGUUAUCUCCGAGACGACUUCAACAUCCCAACCAAGGAUUCGCUGCGGAAGAAGGCCCUGAAUGCUGCCGGCAACACUGCUGCAAAGCAAAACGGAACUAAGCAUACGAAUGGUGACUCGAUGGACGAAACCUCCAUUUACUUCGUCGGCAACUCCCUCGGCGCCCAGCCAAAAUGCAUCCGGCAAUACAUCGACGCACAUCUAGAGACGUGGGCAUCCAUUGGUGUCAACGGCCACUUCACCUCUUUCGAUAACUCGCCCCUGGCCUCUUGGCAAGACAUGGCGGCAGCCUGCGCAGCAGAGUCGGUCGACCUCGUCGGCGCCAAGUCAGCCAGCGAGAUCAUCUACAUGAACACGCUCACGGUGAACCUCCACCUGAUGAUGGCCAGCUUCUACCGCCCAACCGCAAAGCGGCACAAGAUCAUCGCCGAGUGGAAGCCCUUCCCCAGCGAUUCCUACGCAAUCGCCUCCCAACUGCAAUGGCACGGCCUCAGCCCCUCCACCUCCCUAAUCGAAAUCCACCCCCCCAACCCCACCACCAGCCUCUCCCUUUCCACAGCCCACAUCCUCUCCCUCAUCGACGCCCACGCCGACAGCACCGCGCUGCUCCUCCUCCCGGGCAUCCAGUACUACACCGGCCAGCUGUUCGACAUCGCCCGCAUCACACAGCACGCGCGUGCGAAGGGAAUUGUGGUCGGCUGGGACCUGGCGCAUGCGGUGGGGAACGUGGAGAUGCAGUUGCAUGAGUGGGGGGUGGAUUUUGCGGUGUGGUGUACGUAUAAGUAUUUGAAUGCCGGGCCGGGGGCGGUGGGGGGGGUGUUUGUGCAUGAGCGGCAUCAUCAUCAUCAUCAUGUGGGUGGGAAUGUGGGUGAUGUGGAAGAGGCGACGGGGCUGGGGUAUCGGCAUCGGUUGGCGGGCUGGUAUGGGGCGGAUAAACAGGUGCGGUUUGAGAUGGAGAAGGUGUUCCGUCCUGCGGAGGGUGCCGCGGGGUGGCAGGUGUCGAAUCCGAGCGUGGUGGAUCUGGCGUGUGUACGGGCGGCCCUGGGGGUGUUUGGGCGGGUGGGGAUGCGGGCGCUGAGGGAUAAGGCGGUGGUGUUGACGGGGUAUUUGGAGUGGUUGUUGUUGGGGCUGCUAGAGGAGGGGGUGGGGAGGGGGGGGGGAUGGGGAGAGAGGGGGUCGCAGCUGAGUUUGUUAUUGAAAGGGGGGUUGUUGGAGAGGGUGAGUCGAGAACUGGCUGAUGGCGGGGUUGUGGUGGAUGUGAGGAAGCCAGAUGUUAUUCGGGUCGCACCGGUGCCUAUGUAUUCGGUGUUUAAGAGGGCGCUAGAACAGGCAUGA